UUUUAUAUCCGUCAGUGUCAAAUUGAAACAUAACUUACAAAAAGGGUUGCUUGGUGUUACAAAAUAACAUUAUUAGAUUCCCAUUCCGCUUUAAUAUUAAUAUAAUCGAUGCAUAUGGUUUCUUAAGUGGCUAAGUCACUCGUAAGAUGAAUUCAUCAAUUUCCGUUGAUUUGAAUCGUGAACAUUUAGCAUUGGAAGCAGCAAAGUGUUUGAAAAAUAUUUUUGCAAAUUCUCAGAACGUGACGAAAUUACAUAAAGAACUGUUAGAGAUAAAUUUGUCAAUUACUGCAUACAUACAAGAAAGUAGAAAUCGGUUAGAAGAGCUGCGCUUUGAUCUGGCUCAUCAGGCUACAAGUUCUCAGCGUGUUGUAGACAUUCUUAGUGAUACAUAACAUGUCAAAUUUACCAAAGACUCCACAGAAGAGAAAAAGUAGAAUAAUAACAACAUCAAUAAAAGAUAAGCAAGAUAAUCCCACAACCCCACCUUCAAAACAACAAUCUGCUUGUAAUUUUAUAACAUGGUACAAGAGAUUGAUUGAUGGUGACCGUCAGAGUCUUGGUUUGUAUUUAUCAGAUGAUGUAGUCUUAGAAUGGUUUGGCAGAACUGUCAAAACAAGAAAGAAAGUAUCAACAUUCCUUAAAUAUGACAUGCAAUGUUCCAAACAUGAUUUCACAACUGUAGAGGCCACAGACAAAAUCCAGACGAGGAAUGAGCAAUCACACAGUUUUGUGGAUACAGUUUUGGCAAGUCCUCUCAGUUCACCCGAAUUAAACAUUCCAAAUACUCAAAAAAAUGGUAAAAGAAAACUCGAAAUCUGUGGCAGUCCACAAUGGGCUGACGGGUGCAAUCCUGACGAAGUAGAAAUUAAAUGUAAAAGGCAAAAACAGCACAAUGAAUCUCUGGAUAUAAAACAUUUGAGUAAUGAAAAUAACAAUGACAUAUCCAAUUUUGGGGAUGGCAGCUUCAAUCAGAAACAUAAACAGGCUAAUACAACCCCACCGAACUUGGAGUGUGGUCAAGGAGACUGUAAACCGUCUACCAGCGGUACGAGCUCAGAAAACAUGCAUGAAACUUUGAAUGGCCAACUGCCGAAGCUAGCAGUUGAAUGUAAUGGCUACAUACAGUUCACAAGAACAAGGAACAAACGCAGUCUGGACUGUAUGAAAUGGGAACGGAAAUGUAAAGUUCAAAUAAGUUAUUCCGAUGACCCUCUUAAUGCCGGUGAGUAUAUCAUUUGGGCCUUACGCUACAGUGAUGAGAGCAAAUGCAGACGGAAUUUGUUGACUGCAUUUGAAGAAGCGGCAAAUGAUUGAUUUACAACGAUGUUUUUGUAUGUUGAUGUUUUAGAUAAAAUAUUUAAGUAUGUUAUAUUUUAAUACUCGCCACAAAUUACAGUGAAAUAGUUUUGAUAACUUGUGUCUGAGAUAUUUCAAUUAAGCCAUUUUCUCUUCAUUAUAGCCAUAGAUGUGCACUGUGUAUCAAUAUUAGUAUUCAUACACAUUUUAUAUUUAUAUAUCGACAUUUAACUUUGUUGAGAUACUUGAAUUUAAGAAGGGACACUAUAGCUCAAAUGAACAAAUAUCUAGACUUCAAUAUGGAAAAGUCCCGAGUUCAAAUGCUGCUGGUAGCUUUGGCAGCAAAGAAGUAUUAUGAUGAUAAUUUGCUUAUCAUAGAUGAACAUGCUAUAUAUUUUGUAUAUCCUAUAUAUGUGUGGAGAGUUUCUCGCUACAAAUCUUUCUGUGAUUUCAAGCUAAGCCAUUACAUUCUAGUAUUAGUUUCAUAUAUUUUAUUAUGUGUAUGUAAUGAUUUCUUAUACUAUUUCAUUAUGGAUUUAAAAUCUCUUAGUGUAAGAUUUAGUUUUAAGGGUUGAUGUUGCAAUUGUGAAAAAAAAAUAAAGGGACCAAACUAUGUCAUGAUAUUUUCAAUUCAUUUGUACUUUAUUAAAUAUUGUGUUGUUGUUUUAUUUAGAAUGGCAACACCACAAAUAAUAUUCAUAAAAUUAUGGUUCAUAUAAUUAUGGCUAUUGCCUGUUUUUAAGGAAAUUUGUAAAGGUUUGCAGUCUUGUAUUGUCCUGAUCGGAUUAGAACGUAAGUGAUGUUCUCCCAUAUGGUAGCAUUUGCCUCGGUUAUUCCGUAGGUUCCGUGUAAUGACACAUUUAGCAAUCUCAGGAUAUUUCAGGGUUAAGAAUACUUAUUGCAGCUCUUUCAAUGGGUGUUUUGCAGUCGACCUCUUUUUGGUCUUGUGUCGAAUAGCGGCCUCACGGUGAACUACACCUGAGCUGGAGGCGUCUUGCGAUAGAUAUUCGUUUGUCAUCUUGACGGUUAAUACUUCAUUAUUUGAAACUUUCAUAGUUCCCACUUCCCCGGGUAUCGAGGUAAAUGCCUUUAUUACUUCUUCCAAUAAAGUCUGUCCUUUCAAUUCUCAUCGGUUAUUGAGGUAUGACAGAUUGACUUGGACCAACCUUUCCAAAAAUACUCCGAUGUCUAACUUGGCGCCUUUCAACAAGUCUUUUACAAUCGUUUGAAUAUGUCCGCUCUGUUGGUAGGCAAUUUCUCUGGCUUUGGUGUGUUCUUCACCGUCUAGAUCUGACUCCAUCUUUAUAAUAUCGGGUGGAUCGUUACCUGUCCCCUGAAUCUCUGAUGGGCCUGCGAUUUGCACAGCAUCCCAUGUAUCCUCCGGUUGUAUUGAUGUCAAGUCCUCUGGGGAUUCUGCCUCAUCUUAUUUUAUCUCUGUCAUCAUACGUUUCAUCUGCAUAUUCGACCAAUCUUGUGGUUCCAAAUCUCUCUUUCCGAUUCCGAUGAGGUAUCUUGAACUUUGAGCAGAAAGAAUUCCUGCGAAUCAAUUACAUUUUGUCUCACUAAAUAUCACGGCAAGGGUAGGGACACUAUGCCGUUUCAAUCUGGAGUGGGUGAUUCCUGUGCCCACCAAUUUGGAAGCCAGUUUAGUGUCGUGAGUUGAUAUUCUCAUCUGAUAGCUUUUAAAGAUGGCUGAUAGCGUUUGACGUUAGCGAUCUUGAGGUUCUCGUGUAUGUAUUUGUUGCUCACAUAGUAGGGUAUGUCUAACAAGGCUCUCAAUGUCUUGACGCGGAAUCGUUGCUAUUGCUAGCAGUAUCCCACAGCUUGUAAAUAGCUAUCUUGCUUUCACGUGAUAGGUUUUGCUUUUGCGUGAGAAGCUUGGUCUCCCACCAGUCGGGCAUUCCGUUGGCACGUGUAGGCUUUCUUCAGGUUAUUUUCCUAUGGACGCGAACCAGUCCACCCCCUUUGAGAUAAUGAUUCUAUGAAGAUAUUUUCUUAUUAUAUUUAAAGUAAAAUGCAGGUUAUUUUUUUUUUUUUUGACGAUUAUGCAUUAAUGAGUUGAAUUGUAUUAGGUUAAGUUUUAUUUUACUAUAACCAUUACUCUUGAAGUAAUAUGUUGUUUGUUUUAUUAUUGUAGACAUAUUUAAGAUAAAUAAAGUUCUUUAGAAAGUUA